AUGUAUGAUAAUUCAAAAAUAAUUUAAAAGUUUGUAUAGAUCUAAGUAAUAAAUUAGAUUAGAAAAUAUUAAUAGGAUUAGUUUUUGAAAUAUAGGAUGUAUGAAUGAGUGGAUUUAGGUUGAAAUGAAAAGGAAGGAAAAGAAAGUGAAGAAUGGUUUUGAGGAAUAGAAUGUGGAUGUUUUAGGAUUCGAUAUUUGA